CAAAAGUCGUCCAUACAUCAUUUCCUGAUUGCACGUUUCUGAGCUGAGAAAACAUCGAGUGAGUGUAACUCUCUGCAAGUGAGUGUUCCCAUCCUUGAAUCUAUCAUCUAUAGAAAGAAACUUAGAGGAUGACCAAGAGUUUUAUGCAUAAUAACCAAAAAAUGGGCCAAAACUAUCAAUGUCGCUUACGUCACUUUGCAGAAUUCCGGCAGCAUAAGCGGCGUUCACGUAGGAAUUCCCAGGCAAACUCCCAAAUUGCGGCCUUAGUAACAUUUUGAAAAUCAAUCAGUCUUGUAGAGGUUUUGAGAACUGUCAUAAAAUCAUAUAUCUUCUAUUUUGGUUUUAUUGUGGCUUUAAGAACUUCUUCUAGUCAAUCAAAUAGACUAAAAUGUUACUUGGGGGUAGCAAUUCCUCAAGGAAAAGGAGCAAUAUUCAUACUAACUUGCCGUGGAACUCCCGUAGUAACUCAUUGAGGAAGUUCUGUAGGAACUCCUGGGAAUUCUCUUAUUGACUCCUUGAGAAAUUUUCGUAAGAACUCUUAGAGGAAUUCCAUAAGAACUCUUGGAGGAAUUGCCGUAGGAAGUUCUGGUCAAUGUCUGGAAAAACUCCUGGAGGAAUUUCCUGAGCAACUCUUUACAAAACUUUUAAAACUUUUUCGAGAAUUUCAACUCUUAGAGGAAUUUUCGUAAAAACGUCUUGACAAACUCCCGCAGACACUUCUGAGGAAAUUCUCGUAUAAACUCCUGGGAGCAUUCUCCGUAGGAAUUCCUGAAGGACUUCCAGCAUUAUUUGUUGAGGAAUUCCCAUAGAAACUCCUGGAGGAAUACUCGUAGAAGAUCGUGGAACAUUUCCCGUAUUAACUUCUUCAGAAAUUCCAGUAGGAACUUUUGAAGGAAUUUCCGUGAGAGGUAUUCCGAUAUUUGCAUUUGAAGGAAUUCUUAUAGGAACUCUUGACGGCAUUUCCGUAGAACGUCCGGAGGAGUUUUUGAAAAUUUCCGUAGAUAACUACUCGAGGUACUCCCGUAGUCAUCGAGGUACUUCUUUAGACACUCCUGGAGGAAUUGGCGCAUAAACUCCUAGAGGAAGUUUCCUAAGAACUUAACCCUCCUUUGGUUUUAGGGUCAUUUUUGACCCAAACCGUACACUAUGCCAGCGAGCUGCUGCCAACGUGAUGCAAAAGGAAGGUUAAGGGGGAAUUGUCGUUGAAACUCCCGUAUUGUUUUCUGGAGGAUUUUUCGUAGAAACUUCUGGAGGAAUUCCCGUUGAAAAUUCUGGAAGAAUUUCAAGAACUCCUGGAGGAAUGCACGUAGGAGCUCCCGGAGGAAUUACCUUUUAUUCUCGAGGCAUUCCCGUUUGAAUUUCUCUAGCAAUUUUCGUAAAAAAUCUUUCAGUAAUUCCCAUAAAAACUCCUUGAAGAAUACCUAUAGAAACAGCUGGGAUAAGUCCCGUAGGACGCAUUCACGAAGUUACUCUUGUUGAGAUCUCCGUAAGAACUCCUGCAGGAUUUUCAGUGAAAAUUUCUCAAGGAAUUUGCUUGGAAAUUCUUGGAGGGAAUCUAGUAGAAACUCCUGGAAGAAUUUCCUUCUUAACUUAUCCAGGAAUUCAUGUAGGAACUUCUGGAGGGAUUUCCGUAGCUACUUCGGGAGAAAUUACAGAAUUCACAUCUAUGGAUAUUCCCUUACGAACUUUGGAUGCCAUUCCCAUAGGAACUUUUGAAGAAGCUCUAAUACAAACUCGAUUGAUAUUUCUCGUAGGAACUCCCAGACAUAUUCCCAAAUUCCCGUACUAACUCCUGAACGAAAUCAUGGAGCAAUUCCCGUAUUAACUAGCGGUGGAAUGUGGAAUGUAUCUGGAGGAAUUUCCGUACGAACUUCUAGAAAAAUGCACGUAGAAUCUCCUAGAGGAAUGCUUGUAGAAGCUCCUGCAGAAAUUCUCGUAAGUAUUUCUCGAAGGUAUUCUCGCGGCAACUCUAGUAAUUUCCGUAGAAACUCUUAAGAGUUCCCAUAGAAACUCCUGGAGCAAUUCCCGUAGAGAACCAACUCCUCGAGAUAUUCUAGAAGGACUUUCUGGAGGAAUUUCCGGAACUACUCCGGAAAGAAUUGAAGUACAUAUUCACAUCUGAAGGAAUUCCCAUACGAACUCUUGACAGUAUUCCCGUAGGAUUUUCCCUAUUAGUUCCUCGAAGAAUUUUCAUAGGAACUCCUGGAGGAAUUCUCAUUGUAAUUCCUUGCUACUACUACCUUACUACACCUUACGGCGAAAUUCUCGUAAGAACUGCUGGAUGAAUUCCCGCACGAACUUAUGGAGAAAUGCACGUAGGAACUCUUGGAGGAAUUUUCGUAUUAAUUUAUCUAGAUGUUCCCGUAGGAACUUCUCUAGUAAUUUGCAUAAAAAAUCAUUUGGGAACUCUUGGAGGAAUUCCCGCAAGAACUCCUUUAGGCAUUCCCGUAGGAACUCAUGACGAAAUUCCCCUAUAAACUCCUCCAGGAGUUUCUGUAGAGGUUCCUGGAGGAAUUUUCGUAUUAAUUUCUCGAGGUAUCCUCGUAAGAACUCCUCUAUUAACUCUUGGAGGAAUUUUCAUUGGAACUCCUGGAGGAAUUCUAGUUUUAACUCCUUACUACUCCUUACGGAGGAAUUCUCGUCAGAAUUGCUAGAUGAAUUCCCGCAGGAACUUUUGGAGGAAUUCUCGUAUUAAUUUCUCUAGAUAUUCGCGUAGGAACUUCUCUUGUAAUUCUUAUAGAAACUCUUUUGGGAAUCCCUAUGGCAACUCCUGGAGGAAUUCCAGUAAGAACUGCCUUAGGCAUUUCCGUAGGAACUCAUGAAGGAAUUCCCCUAUCAGCUCCUCCAGCAAAUUCUGUGGCGGCUCCUGGAGGGAUUCUCGUAUUCAUUUCUCGAGGUAUUCUCGUAGGAACUCCUCUAUUAACUCUUGGAAGAAUUUUCAUUGGAACUCCUGGAGGAAUUCUCGCAAGAACUGCUAGAUGAAUUCUCACAGGAACACAUGGAGGAAUGUACGUAAGAACUCUUGGAGGAAUUCUCGCAUUAGUAUCCUUAGAUAUCCCCGUAGGAACUUCUCUAGUAAUUCCCAUAGAAACUCUUUUGGGAAUCCCUAUGAGUGAGUUUUUGGAGGCAAAGUGUACAGGCCGCGUUUUCAUUCGGUCGUCGUCGUCGUCUAUUUGACUGCUCAUCUUCGUACGGGGCGAUUUAUGAUACGAUAAAUGCAACAAGCAACAUUUUUUGCGAUUUUAGUCAACAGACAUUGAAAUGUUCGUCACGUCAAGUGUCGGCCCAAGUUCCAAAGCCACGUUUGUUCAAAUCACUUUAUUUUCUCUUUCGUUAAUUUUCGCACUUCGAAAACUAUCUGAAUGGUUCGUCAUCUUCGAUGUCGGCAUGUGUUUUGUUUUAGUCCAAAUGAAAAUAAGUGGUUUAUAUUAAUAGGGUUGCAUGAAUCACUCCACCUACCAAAGUGAACUCAUAUCAUGCGCCCUUUCCCCUCCCCACUAACAAAAAGUCCUUCCCAUGACAGACGUGGAGACGCAGAGGUGAUCUCGGUCUUUAGUAAGCAACGCACGUCAUAAUAACAUUCCUUUCCUUCCUCGAUGACCGUAAGGACGUGGCCGGCGCCGUUAUUGACCUAAUAAAGUUUGGAAUUCUCGAAGAUGCACAUUGAGGACGGUAAGCUACUCCCAAGCUCCGUCUGUUGGUUCCUUGUGCAACUUCGAUUGUUCUGGUCAAUCACGGAGUAGCAACUACGAAUAGUACGGUCAUCUAUGCUCAUGCUCAUGCUCAUGCUCAUGCUCAUGCUAGAAACUCUUUUGGGAAUCCCUAUGGGAACUCUUGGAGGAAUUCCCGUAAGAACUCCCUUAGGCAUUCCCGUAGGAACUCAUGAAGGAAUUCUCCUAUUAGCUCCUCCAAGAGUUUCUGUAGAGUCUCCUGGAGAAGUUCUCGUAUUAAUUUCGCGUAGGAACUCCUCUAUUGAUCCCUCUAACUUUUUUAGGAAUUCACAUGGGAACUUCUGGAAGAAUUUUCCUAGAAACUUCUGGAAGAAAUGCCAUAGGAACUCACGGAGGAGUUUCCGUAGAAAUUUCUCGAGGAAUGCUGGUAUUAACUUCUCGAGGAAUUCCUAUUGGAACACCUACACACCGAGAAAAAAUUCCACUCAAUGACUGAGUUGGCCUUACUCAGGAAUCGAAAAAUCCUUGGUUUUCUUAGUCAGUUUCGGCUAAAGCUUGGACAACCCAUUGACAAUGGGUUGUCCCACUUUUAUCGGAAACUGAGUAAGAAAACAAAGGAUUUUUCGAUUUCUGAGUAAGACCAACUCAACCCCUGAGUAGAAAUUUUUCUAUGUGCAGAAGUUUCCAUAGCAACUCCUGGGGGAAUUCUCGUAUGAACUUCUAGAAUCGUUUUAACUUCUGCAAACCAUGUAGAUAACUACUGAAAGAAUCAUAGGUACAACUCGUGCAGACCAAAAACUUUUGGAGAUUUUUCGGAGAAGCUCCUAAAUGAUUCGUCGGAAAAACUCGUACUGGGUAGGGGAACUCGUAAUGAUUUUGCACGGCAUCACCAACUAUUUCUUGAAAUCUUCAAAUUUAUCUUGAGAAUGCGAUCAUACAUCGGAACCAUGAGCAAUCUUCGGGAAUCCUCGACAUAUCCGGAAGCAGAUAUCAUCUGGAAAAAGGUAUACUUCUGCUUUCAAAACAAUGACAAUGUCAUACGCAACUUGGAGUUUGAACCGAACAUCGUUGGAAGCUGUCGGAGUUGAGAUCUUAUUUUGGCGUCCCAAUAUGUUAAAAUUGUUUUAUAUUUUGACCAAAAACAUGGAAUGCCGCUAGAUUUCUUAGCAAUAUACUUCGGAAGGACAACAACAGAUGAAAUACAAUCCACAACUUAGUAUUGGGUUUCUCAUUAAUGUUUAGACUACUGUGAUAAUUUGAGAAUCCACUGAAUCAUCAUUUCCCUGCGAAAUUUCACAUUUAUCAAACUUAUUUUGUUUACCUGUUGUGCAUCCGACGCCCAUGUCAUGAACUCAAACGAACUUGUGUAUGCCAGCCGCUGCGAAGUCGUGUGCGAAAUUCGACUGUGAUGAUAAUGAAUUUCGGCCGAGUCUAAAUGGGUGCAAAUGUCGCAAUAUUAUGGUGAUAUUUCUAAAAUCAGUAUAGCGCAUUUAGUUCACCACUGGACUAGUUUUCACGAGUGCGAAGACGCUAAUUGUUGGGGAGUCAAGCAAGCCAUGAUUUUCCUUUGUAAUAAUGUCAUUUAGAAAUACAUUCAUUCUUGUUCUACCAUUCAACCAAAGCAGUCAUAACUCUUAACUGUAGAACAUAACAGUUUUUGGCGACGAGAAUUUACGAAACCACACGAAGCAAAAUGUCUCCAGAAUUCGAAGCGAAUCUUUUGAGGAUCCUGGAAAAUCAAGGCCGCAUUCUUGCAGAGUUGUCAGCUUCCCGGGCGGCAGAAGCUCAAGCUAGUCAAGCAGGACAAGGGGACGGUAAUCUGCAACGCAGUCAGCAGCAUCCGGAAGAACCACGUCUGCGGAAUCAAAGCGAGUUUCUGAUCGAAUCGUUGUCAAGCGCAAUCAACGAGUUCAACUACGACCCGGAAGCAGGAAUAACGUUCGAAGCCUGGUUUGCCAAAUAUGAAGAUCUGUUCGAAGAAGACGCUCGAGCUCUGGACGGACCGGCCAAGGUUCGAUUGCUGCUUCGAAACCUCAGCACCGUAGCGCAUAAGAAGUAUGUGAGCUACAUCCUCCCGAAGAAGCCGAAGGAAGUGACUUUCGAUGAAACAAUCAAGACAUUGAAGUCCAUCUUCGGUCGUCAAACAUCGCUCUUCAAUCAACGUUACCAGUGUCUGCAACUCAAGAAGGAUCCGACCGACGACUACUUCACCUACGCUGGAGUUGUGAAUGAAAAGUGCGAAGAAUUCAAGCUCUCGGAGAUCAACGCGGACCAAUUCAAGUGUUUGAUGUUUGUUUCCGGCCUGAAUUCAAGCAAGGACUCGGACGUUCGGACAACCCUUCUAUCACGGAUCGAGAGUUCCAAUCCCGCUACGCCGAUGACCCUACGCUCGCUAGCAGAGGAAUGCCAGAGACUCCUGAAUCUGAAACGAGACACCGCCAUGAUCGAGAAGACCGGAGGAAAACAAACCGUUUGUGCAGUGAAGAAUUCAUCAAAACCGCCGCACAACAGCAAACCGCAAUCCGAAAUUCCGAACACACCAUGUUGGAGAUGUGGCGACAUGCAUUAUUCGAAGAAUUGUCCCUACCUUCAGCAUGAGUGUAAAUCCUGCAAGAAAACUGGACACAAGGAAGGUUAUUGCUCCUGUUUUAAGCAAAAGGAUAGGAAGAAGAAGCGUCUAUUCAAGAAUAACGCAGUGGCUAAAGCACAAGGUCUGUACACCAUCAAUCAGGUCAGUAUCGCAGCCAGACGUAAGUUCGUGAACCUGGAGAUCAACGGACAUCCAGUACGACUACAACUAGACAGCGCAGCAGACAUCACCGUGAUUUCAUCGGACGUGUACAAACAAAUAGGCAGCCCCGUUGGAAGUUCAGCAUCCAUCAACGUUGUUAACGCAUCAGGUGACGACAUGGGUCUCAUAGCUGAAUUUGAAUGUACCGUUACUUUGAACGACGUCGUGAAGCAAGGAAGAUGUUACGUCACAAACGUGGACAAUCUCAACUUGUUCGGCACCGAGUGGAUCGAGCUGUUUGGAUUGUGGGACAUUCCGUUCAACGCAGUCUGCAAUCAAGUCUCCUCAAAAUCACAUCCAAAAUCGGAAGAACUUGUCCAGCGUCUACGAUCGAAGUUCAAGAACGUGUUCAGUGAAGACCUUGGAUUAUGCACUAAGAAGAAGGUAUCGCUAUCAGUCAAGCCAGGUACCAAGCCCGUAUUUCGUCCGAAGCGUCCAGUCCCGUAUGCAUCAACAGAGAAGAUUGAAGCUGAGCUGGAUCGUCUACAAAGUUUGGGAAUCAUUUCGCCAAUUCCAUACUCCGAGUGGGCGGCUCCCAUCGUUGCUGUACGAAAACCGAACGGCAAAGUGAGAAUUUGCGCGGACUAUUCCACCGGACUAAAUGAAGCUUUGGAACCAAAUCAACAUCCGUUACCGUUACCACAGGACCUGUUUACGAAGCUGGCGGGCAAGAAGUACUUCACUCAAAUCGAUUUAUCCGAUGCUUAUCUACAAGUAGAAGUCACAGAAGAGUCCAGGAAGAUGCUGUCAAUCAACACUCACAAAGGCUUAUUUCAAUUCAAUCGACUUUCCCCUGGUGUCAAGACGGCCCCCGGCGAAUUCCAGCAUAUCGUGGACAAUAUGAUUGCGGAUUUGGAGGACGUUAGCGGAUAUCUCGAUGACAUCAUGGUAGCAAGUGACACCUUGAAGAAGCACAUAGAGCAACUAGACCGGUUGUUCGCACGAAUUGAAGAGUACGGUUUCCAUCUGAAAAUUGAGAAGAGCAACUUUUUCAUGAAGCAAAUCAAGUACCUUGGACUGAUCGCUGAUGAAGAAGGACUUCGACCUGAUCCAGAAAAGGUCAAGGCAAUUGUCAAGAUGCCGGCGCCUCAUGAUGUUCAAACGUUACGUUCAUUCCUGGGAGCAAUUAACUACUACGGCAAGUUUGUGAGGUCCAUGCAUGAGCUUCGCCAACCACUUGAUGCUCUACUCAAGAAAGAUGUCCAAUGGAACUGGAGUCAAGCGUGCCAGGAAUCAUUCAACAAGUUCAAGGAUAUCCUUCAAUCAGACCUGUUGCUGACCCACUAUAAUCCGAAACUGGAGAUGAUAGUAGCAGCGGACGCGUCACAGAAUGGCCUGGGUGCUGUUCUUCUUCAUCGCUUUCCUGACGGCACCGUUAAAGCAGUUUGCCACGCUUCCCGGACGUUGACCAAUGCUGAGAAGAACUACGCACAAGGUGAAAAAGAAGGACUCGCUCUUGUGUUUGCCUGCACCAAGUUCCAUCGCAUGAUUUUUGGACGGCGAUUCACACUACACACGGAUCACAAGCCACUACUAGGAAUUUUUGGAUCGAAAAAAGGAAUACCAGUUCAUACAGCAAGCAGACUGCAAAGGUGGGCGUUAACUCUCUUGCAGUACGAUUUCAAGCUGGAAUUCAAGUCUACUGACAGUUUUGGGUAUGCUGAUGUCCUGUCACGAUUGAUCGGUGAACAUUCCAAGCCGGAUGAGGACUACAUCAUCGCUAGUGUUCAGCUAGAAGCAGACAUCAAAAGUAUGCAAGCCGAAUCUGCAGCAGUACUUCCAGUAACCUACCAGAUGAUUCAGCAAGAAACGAAGCAGGAUGAAACUCUCCAAUCCGUCAUGCGACAUCUUCGGAACAACUGGACAACACCACCAGAAGCCAAUGAACUUCAGUGUUUCUUCAAACGGCGCGAAUCGUUGUGUGAAGCAGACGGAUGCCUUAUGUUCCUGGAUCGUAUGGUAGUACCACUGUCUUUGCAGAAUGCAGUUCUCAAGCAAUUGCACGCAGGGCACCCCGGAAUGCAGAGAAUGAAAUCCAUAGCAAGAAGCUUCAUCUACUGGCCUAAUAUUGACGCUCACAUUGAGGACUACGUACGCAAGUGUAGUGACUGCGCAGCAGUUUCAAAAGCUCCAGUGAAGACUACUCUAUCAUCGUGGCCUAUACCUUCUCAACCGUGGACCAGGCUACAUUUGGACCAGAGCGUUCAUGAUUAACAAAUAUUUUAAUCAUGAUUAAUCAUUGAUGAUUAAAAUUCAAAUUUCGGUGAUUAUUGAUUAUGAUUAAUGAUUAAUUUGAUUUUUGGGAUGAUUAAUGAUUAUGAUUAAUGAUUAAAAUUGAUUUUAUCUGUGAUUAUUGAUUAUGAUUAAUGAUUAAAAAUGGCUCAUUGAUUAAAAAUCAUGAUUAAUCAUGAUUAAUCAAUCACAAAAAACAGGAAAUGAUUAAAAUAUAAUUAUUGUUUAAAAUAUUUUUGAAGUUCCAAAAGUAAAAGGUAACUCUGUCUGGGAGAUUAUUGAAAAAAUAAUCAAGAAGAACAGCAUUUGAACCAAUUCAAAUUGGAUCAUAUAUUUUAUAUGGUGAAAAAUUUUUGGUGAUGAAUGA